AGAAGAAGCAGAAGGAGAAGAAGAAGAAGAAGAAAAAGAAGAAGAAGACCGUUAGCUUUCCGUCUACUUGUAGUCUGAUUAUCUCUUCUCUGAAUAUGAGUGUUUGCUAUAAAAAUGUCUUCAGUCCAGCUUGAACAAGAGUUUAUCAACGAGCAGUUAACUGCUGCUGAGGAAACAUUCACGGAGAUUAAAGAAAUAAUCGUUAAAGAGGAAGAGAUGGACGGUCAGCACCGACUGCUGGAUUUCUCCCGGACAUCCCAGACCAUUUUACACGGAAAAGAUGAUCUACAGGAUUAUGUUUGGAAAGAGGAGCAGCAGGUCUGCAAGCAGGAGAGUGAUUCCAGUUUGGACCAGGAGGAACCAGAACCUCUGCAGAUAAAAGAGGAGCAGCAGGAACCAGUACAUUCAUGGAUUAAAGAGGAAGUAUUGGAGAUCUGCAUAGGUGAGCAUGGAGAGCAGCUUGAACUGAAGCAGGAGACUGAAGAUACGUUUCUGUUGACUCCUUCACACAAAGAAAAUGACCACAUUGAACCGGAGCCAAUGAGAGGCCAGAUAAUCUCUGAGGACUUCGAUGAAACUGAGAACCAGGAUCAAGAAGGAAACUAUCAGAAAGACUCGGGAGCAAAGCAAGAUAAAGCACCGAAACCAAAUAAGGGAUGUCAGAAAACCAUAAAGCGUAAAAAGUGUGCAAAUUCAAAACCAAAAAGACAUGACAAUUUGUGUUCUUGUAAGAUAUGUGGUGAUUUCUUACCUCAAAAUAGUAACUUGGCUCAGCACUUGAAUUAUCACACAAGUGAGAAGCGUUUUCCAUGUGCAACAUGUGGAAAAAGUUAUAUAAACAAAGGACAUUUAACUGUUCACAUGAGAAUUCACACAGGUGAGAGACCUUUCAAAUGUUUGUCUUGUGAAAAAAGCUUCACUACCAAACCUUUUCUUGAGGCGCAUGUCCGAGUCCACACAGGUGAGAAGCCUUUCUCUUGCGCCAUUUGUGGCAAAAGUUUUACUCAAAAAGGUAAUUUGACUACUCACAUGAGGCUCCAUACAGACGAAAGGCCCUAUUCCUGUGAUACCUGUGAAAAAACCUUCAAAAGAAAAGACUCACUGAAUGAACACAUGAGAGUUCACACGGGUAAGAAGCCAUUUGUGUGCAAGACCUGUGGGAAACACUUUAAUCGACAAUACCUGUUGAUGGUUCACACAAGAAUUCACACUGGUGAUAAGCCCUUCAAAUGUCUGUCCUGUGGAAAACGCUUCACCACAAAACCUGUUCUUGAUGCACAUGGCAGAAUUCACACAGGUGAGAAGCCGUUCUCCUGUAUGAUUUGUGGCAAAGAUUUUACUGACAAAGGUCAUCUGACCAAUCACAUAAAGUGUCACACAGAUGAAAGGCCUUUUCCUUGUAAUACUUGUGGAAAAACAUUCAGAUCCAAACAUUCAUUGAAAGAACAUAUAAGAAUUCAUACCGGUGAGAAGCCCUUUCUGUGUGUGACCUGCGGAAAAAGGUUUAAUCAAAAAAAUCAGCUAAAGGUUCACAUAAGAAGUCAUACGGGCGAGAAGCCGUUUCUGUGUGUGACCUGUGGAAAGGGAUUCAAUCAAAAACACCAGUUAGUUGUUCACACAAGAAGCCAUACGGGUGAGAAGCCCUUUUUGUGCGUGAUCUGUGGGAACGCAUUCAGCGACGGCAGUAGCUUAAAAGCUCACUUCAUGAUGCACACAAAUGAGAAACCUUUGCAAUUUGUGACGUGUGGAAAAAGUUUGAUUAACAAAAGUCAGUUAACGGUUAACAUGAGAACUCGCAAAGAGGGGAGGCUUUUCAAAUGUCAGUUCUGUGGAAAGAACUUCACAAGAAAAUCUGUUUUCGAUGAGCAUGUCAGAAUUCACACGGGUGAGAAGCCUUUCACUUGCAUGAUUUGUGGCAAGGGUUUUACUCAAAAAGGUAAUUUGACUUCUCACAUGGCACAUCACACUGAUGAAAGGCCCUUUUCCUGUAAUUUGUGUGAGAAGACUUUCAAAAGAAAAGAUUCGUUAAAUAAACACAUGAGAGUUCACACAGAUGAGAAGCCACAAGAAUGCACAUAAGAAGCCUUUUUGCUACUGUGGCCUGUGUGAAAAUGUCCAUGUGUCAUUUUAACUGGUAAUCCAAGAGUUGAUCUGAAAACCUUCAACAGAAAAAUUUUAUAUUGUAAACCUCGUAAAAAUGUCCAGCAUCGGAAUUAGAAAAAUGUUUAAAUCUGUCUCUCUCAUUUGAUUUAACAUUUAAAUUCUUGAGUUUCAUCAUUGGCAAAAAGUCAUUUGAAUUAACAGUAAAAAAUUAUUUAGAAAUGCUAAACUUUGAACUUUCUACUUUUUAGUUUCUUUAAAGUGCAAAUAUAGCAACUAAUUUCAAUGCUGCUGCUUUGAUUCUUCGGAUGUUUUCUGUACCUCUAAAAUAUAAAUUUGUGUUCCUCAUAUUUUUGUUUUCUGUGGCUGCUACUCCUUAAAUUGAUCAAACAAUAGGAAAAAAAUGCUUUAAUUUUUAAUAUGGUUUCCUAUGAGUGACAAAAGAUAUUUGGUGGUUUCUCACAUUUUCACACAAUCAAAAAAAAAGUAAUCUAUAUUUUGUUAUGGUAUUAAAGUGGUGAGAUCAUGUUUACGGAAUGUGAUCGCAUUCAUUAUUUUUGUGGUCAAUGUUUGGUAAAUUUAGUUGUUUACUCAAGACAAAGUGAGUUUGAACAUGUUGGUUGGCUGUCAGAAAUAAAUGUGCGACUAUAAAGAAACCUGAACACAGUGUGGAACAGAAAGAAAAACAUGUUUGGUGAUUUACUGGGUGUGGUAUGCUCCCUUUUCUAUUUGGAUGAUCAGUCACAUAAUUAUAUUUUGUGUAUAAAAUAUACGGUUUGGUUGGAGAAAAGGUGAAGAGAGUAAUCCUUAAUUUUAGAAUUGAAGUGGAACAGAAAAGGUUGAGUGAUACAGGAAGGCCAAAAUAUACAGAGUCAUUUUACAAAAGUAAAUGUUUCAGUUUAAAAAAAAAAACAGUCGCCUCCAACGUUACGUGCCUGGUUCUCAGUUUUCACUGAGACAGGAGGACAGCCUUUCGAAUAUUGCACCACAUGAGACACUGUAGACAACUUUCAGGAAAACUUUUGGCUCCACAUUCAACCUGAGAGUCGUCGAUCACAUUUCUGUUCACCUACAAUUGUGAAUGUGGAGUUUUGUGCUUUGAAAAUAAAUUGGUGUAGCUGGA